GCCUGUUAUUGGCAGAUGUGAGGCCAAUGCUGUGGUGCUGAGAGCCGUGCGUGCUGGAGCAGGGCAGAGAGGAGCGUUUCUCUGAGGGAGAAGUUGGCUGGAGGUGCUGAAGAUGGCGGAUGGAGACAGCGGGAGCGAGCGCGGUGGCAGUAGCGGCGGCCUCCAGCACUUCCAGCGGGAGCAGGAGACCCAGGAGCUGGCGUCCAAGCGUCUGGACAUCCAGAACAAGCGCUUCUACCUGGACGUCAAGCAGAACGCGAAGGGACGCUUCAUUAAGAUAGCGGAGGUGGGCGCCGGGGGCUCCAAGAGCCGCCUGACUCUUUCCAUGUCCGUGGCGGCUGAGUUCCGCGACUACCUCGGGGAUUUCAUCGAGCACUACGCCCAGCUGGGGCCAAGCAGCCCGGAGCAGAUCGCUCAAUCAUCCGGCGGGGAUGACGGCGGCCCGCGGCGGGCGCUCAAGAGCGAGUUCUUGGUGCGCGAGAACCGCAAAUACUACCUCGACCUGAAGGAGAACCAGCGCGGGAGGUUCCUGCGCAUCCGCCAGACCGUCAACCGAGGUCCCGGCUUCGGCGUCGGCGGAGGGGGCGGUCCCGGAGGAAGCGUGCAGUCCGGCCAGACCAUCGCGCUACCUGCGCAGGGCUUGAUCGAGUUCCGAGACGCUCUGGCCAAGCUCAUCGACGACUACGGCGGGGAGGAUGAGGAGCUCAGCGGGGGGCCUGGAGCCGCGGGGGGCUACGGCGAGCUUCCCGAGGGCACCUCCAUCAUGGUGGACUCCAAGAGGUUCUUUUUCGACGUCGGCUCCAACAAGUACGGCGUGUUCCUGCGGGUCAGCGAGGUCAAGCCCAGUUACAGGAACUCCAUCACCAUCCCCUUCAAGGCCUGGGGGAAGUUCGGAGGAGCCUUCUGCCGCUACGCCGAGGAGAUGAAGGAGAUCCAGGAGAGACACCGGGAUAAGAUGUACGAAAGGAGAGAGGAGUCCGAGGCCGAGGACGUGGACGACGACUGACAGCAGCUUCGCCAGGAGAUGACCACGCGUGUGAAACAAUAUGUGCAUGAACUGAACUCAAAUAGCCUACUAAAAAAUUCAUGGGACAGAAAACUAGAUCUGUGAAGUUUCAAUGUGGUGGUGAGGGUUUGGGGAGGGGGGUUGUCUGUGUUGAAGCCAUGGGGCGAAGGAUGUCUCAUGGGGUAUGACUUAUGCCUGAUGCUGCCCUGUCCUGUCAAACCAGCAAGUUUAAUUGUCUUAGCCAACAAUUAAACCUUUGUUACAUCGACGCCAAGGCUGCCGAAUUUCCGAAGCGGCCCGCAUACUAUAAUACCAGGCUAUAAGGGUUCAUACUGUCCAACACAUGUUUUUAGAUGGGAGAAAUUUAGGAUAUAUAUAUAUAUAGGGUCACUGGUCUUCAUGGUGUGUUUCCUUCCCAGGCAGCGUGGGACUUUCACAACUGUUAUCAAAACGUGUUUUCUUUUAUAAACAGAUGUUCCCUAAGCUGUUGUUUUAGGGGUUUUCGUUCUCACAUCAACAUGAUUUUUAUGUUUUGCCCAAUUUGAGCGAUGAAAUGUUUUAAAUUCAGUUUUGAAGGGGAAUGAUUUUGUGUUGACAUGUCUCACCAGUGACGAUAGGUCAGCCGGUGUUUUAAAAUGACAUCCGGUGAAAUUUUGGUUCUGGGGUCAACAUAUGAAAAGCUUUGUCUUUUUCUAACUUGGGUCCAAGUCCCCUCUGAAUAUUUAAGGACAGAUUGCUUGAGUCGAUAGAUUAGUUCAUAUAAAGGACAGAGCUACACGGGCGAGUGUAUUUUCACCCCGUCCCCUUUUGCAUUGUCAUUUUUUUUUUUAAAUGUAAGAUUGUUCUUUAUGAGAGAAUACGUAAACAAACCAGCAUAUUUUUGCAUACACAAAGUAAAAAUUAUAUAUAAACUACAGAA